AUGGCGUCUCACCAGCAGACCAGGAUCCAAGCCUACCUGGAGAAGAAUAAGAUCGGUCCCCUCUUCGAGGAGUUGAUGACCAAGCUGAUAACAGAGACACCUGACCAGCCAAUCCCAUUUCUAAUUGAUCAUCUUCAGUCCAAACAGGGGAACCGCAGUCAGCUUCAGAGAACGUUGUCUGGCUCUGCUGCCCUUUGGGCAGAGAGUGAAACAUCAGAAAAUAAAGGAACAAGGAGAGAUUUUAGAAGUUAUGAUAAACCUUGGCAGGUAAAUGCAAAAAAGCCUAAAAAGUCAAAGAGCGACCUUGCCGUGUCCAACAUUUCUCCACCGUCACCGGAGUCCAAGUCAUUGCCAAGGUCAAUAGAGCAUCCUAAAUGGGAUUGGAGGACAAAACCGGAGAACCAUGAUUUUGAUGAACUAAAUCAUAUUCUUCAAGAGAGCAAAAAACUUGGAAAAGCCCUUGAGAAUCUGUCUCGCAGCAUUGCUAUUUCUGAUGAACUUGAUAAGGACACAACAGGUUUUAACACCCCCCUUCUCAGACCUCGUGUGAUUGGAGAAUGGAUUGGCCGUGAAGAGAAUGAUGCAGACCCACUGGCUGCUGAGAUGCUGCAGCCACCAAUACCAAGAAAUAAAAAUGAGCAGUGGGACAGCGAGGAUAGCAGCAGUCCUGGAGGAAGCUUAAAAAUGGAGCCAAAGACCAAAGGACUGAAACAGCAACAGCAACAACAUAAGAAACUGCUGGCUGCCAUGCUUUCUCAGGACUCCUUUGAUUCUGCUCAAAGCACAGCUCCAUCUGUAACCGAAGAAGAUAUUGAUAAUGAAGAUGAUGCAAUGGAACUGCUGGAGGAUCUUGAUGAUCUAAGAAUGGAAGGAGUAACAAGUGUGAUGUCUUCUGGGAGCAAAUUCAAUCAAACUCGAAGUGCUCAUACGGCUGAGCCUCAAGCAAAGGUCACAUUGAAUAUCUGCGCAAGAUGUGCCAGAUUGCAAGGAGAUAAUUUGGCAGAAAGGCCGGAAGAUGUCUCCAUGGUAUCUCAAACAUCUGAGCCAGCAGUGUCAGACUCUGAUGCUCAAGUACCCGGGGUUGAAACACUUACGGAAGAUAUUGAUGAAUUUCAGAGUGCCUCUCAAGUGGCAGGAUCUUCUCAGACGGUUUGGACCCUGGAUGCCAUGGGUGUCAGACCUGGAGGUUCCCCAAGGCAGAAACUAUUAAAGGACUCCUUAGCAGCAAAAGAACUUCAGACCAUGGAGAAACACCUAGCUGAUAUUGAGAAGGACCUAGCACUAUGGGAAGAAGCAAGGCUCUCAAGAAGCCCUAGUAUCCAACAUCAUAGUUUAGUUAUAUCUGACCAUCAAGGCAAUCUUCAAGCUACACAGGGCCAAAAUCUGAGGCCUCAGGUGCCAACUCAGACAGGGAAGAACAUUCAGCUCCAAGGAAACAAAUCACCACCGCUGCCCACUAACAGCAGAACACAGGUCUCCAGUGUUGCAAACAGUAGGCCUCCAACACCCGGUACACAAACCAACAGGCCACCAACUCCAUCAACUCCGGGGAGCAGACCUGUGACCCCGAAUAGCUUGCUGUCACGGCCUCUUACCCCUAGCAACCAAGGAAAUAGGGAAGGCAUCAUUAGUAUGCAAAGAAGCAGAUCUUUGACAUCUAAGAGCCAAAUGGGGAGGACCCUCAGUGCUGCUUCAGGGCUCUCUGUGCAAAUGAGUGGAGACAUUGUUGGAACUGUCACUACUCAGAGAAGCAGUUUAUCAGAAGAUGAAUUCUUACAACAGCUUCAGCUUUCUCAUCAACCUUGGAUAUUGCCGAGUGACACAGAAAGUGAAGGAGUAGAAGCUGACCAAGACAAAUGUAAGUAUAUUUGUUAG